CGCCGUGAGGCAGUUCAGCAAACAAGUACGCCAGCAAUGCGACCGAGAACGGCGAGAUUGGCAGAUUGCUCAACCUUGUGAGUGAAAAUUUCCUUCCCCGCUUUCUUCUCAGCUGCGGUUCCUUCCUUCUGCAGAUUCCAGCAUGCUGUGAUGGCAUUGAAAGCGGGCUGAAAAGGGAAAGGAGGGAGUGCGUUGAGGAAGUUAAGCGUUACUUGUUGAUCUACAGCACUACAGAUCGAUUAUGGCUUCCCAAAUGCAGGCGGAGCAGGCCAUGGAAACAAGUAAGGUCAGAUCUCGUGACCUGGGGACGGUGGCAAGACCUUGUCGAAUACUUACUUUACUACUUGCCUUCGCAUGUUUGGUAGCUAGGACCGUUGCAUCUGAUAAGGAUCUGCUCGAUCCUGGAGGCGAAUCAGGUCAUGCACCAGAUAGAGCAAAUAUAGAAGGGGACAAUGGGCCAAUAGUUUACCAACGAGGGGAGCGCACAUUGCUGCAAAACAAUGCCGCAGGGAAGGGCUGGGAGUGGGACAAGAGGACUAGAGGCGGCAGCAUUGGUGGUAGUAAAUCAGAAGCUUUUGGUUUGAGCCGUCGGAGAGAGCUUCUCCUUACGGCUGCUAACCACACCGCACUGUCGCCAACCCCUCCUAUGGGGUGGAACCCUUGGAACUUUGCGCAGUGCACCGACUGGAACGAGACACUUUUCUAUAGAACGGCCCUGUAUCUGAACACUUCGGGUAUGGCGAGCCUGGGCUACCGAUAUGUGAACAUAGAUGACUGCUGGAUGGCUGACUCGAGGGACGCAAUGGACAAUCUGGCGUGGAAUGCUUCCCGAUUUCCGUCCGGCAUCCCCGCGCUUGCGAACUACGUGCACAGCCUAGGCCUCAAACUCGGACUCUACCUGUGCGCUGGAAACAAGACGUGUGCCUUGAAGCCCGGGUCUCUGCGGUAUGAAGCUCAGGACAUAGCACUCGUCUCAUCAUGGGGCGUGGAUCUGGUGAAAGUUGACAACUGCUACAACGAGGGCCUGUUACCAGAAACCCGGUACGUAAGAUUCACCGACGCAAUCGGGAACGUCACCCGCCCCAUCCUGUUCAUGCUGUGCAACUGGGGGGAGUACAUCCCCGCGCUUUUUGCCCCCAUGUUUGCGAACAGUUGGCGGACGACGUACGAUUUGCGUGACGACUACACAUACAUGCUCAAGAUGGCUGACUGGAACGACGUGAGUCACAUAUACGCGGGGCCGAGGAGUGGCUGGAACGAUCCGGACAUGUUGCAGGUUGGCAACGGGAACAUGACACUGGACGAGUACACCACUCACAUGUCCCUCUGGGCGCUGAUGAAGGCACCGCUUCUGAUUGGCACCAACGUUCUCAACAUGACCAACGCGACUGCGGCUCUCCUGACCAACCCCGAAGUGAUCCGCAUCAAUCAAGACCCUCUGGGCAUCCAAGGAUUCAAGCGAACCUCAGAGGACGGAAAAGAGGUAUGGGCGGGGCUCCUGAGUGGGGGCGCUAUCGCGGUCGCACUCGUGAACCGCCUACCGACCCCCGCGCUCGUCACCGUCCAGUGGUACAACGUCAACCUGACGUCAGAAACGGGGUGCCGGAUACGAGACGUUUGGGCGAGGACCUACGUGACCGGCGUUUUCUCCUCCAACUUCACCGCCAACGUGACCGCCCACGGGACGAAGUUACUGAUUCUCCAGCCCGCGCUCCAGAUCGCGUAUAAUAAGACGGCGAACGCGUCCGCGUUUACCGCGGACCUGGUGCCGCGGAACGGCAACGACGCGGACGUCCAAACGUUUUGGGAGAGCACCAACGGCCCGUUCCAGAUCGGAAACCCGUACUGGCAGGUUGAUUUGGGGUCGGCGUUCAACCUGUCCAGCCUAGAACUGGUUUCCCGCCAAGACGGCGACCAGCCCUUCACGCGCGCCAACUACGAGAUCCGCUGCUCGAACGUCUCCGACGCUUCCAAUUUCACUGUGAUCGCUGCACAGGGCCCGGAGCCCAAGGAGGCGUACAGCACUUUCUCAGCGGCCCUGCCGAGCGCCGCGGUGUGCCGAUACGUGCGGGUGGCGAAGCUGGACGGGACGCUAUUUAACUUUGCGGAGCUGAGGCUGUAUAAGAGCGUUAACGUAUUCAACGGCGGGGUAUAGGCUAUAGACGUAGAUCUCAUUCUGGGUCAGCCGCUGCUGUCCCUGGGCGAGCACGUAUGGAUUACUGGGGUCUCUUCUAAACUAAACGGAGUUACUAUAUCUGAAGGUUUGUCUCUGCAACUGGAAGGUAUGGAGAGUGGCUGGAGGUUUUGGUCGGGGCGUCGUAAUAUUUGCGGGCGGGUUCUAUAAUCAUGCUUAAAGGUGCUUAGCAGGUUGUUCGUAUAAGCUGUCGAUCGAUUGUUGAUGAUAGCCCAAUAUGAAACAAGUACAUAUGCUGAGAAUCAUCUGAUUCGGCGAAAGCCCUGCAGACGAACCAUGAGGAGUUGGUUCGGAGAAACCUAUGUAGGAACUCCAAAGAGGACAUGCAAUAAUAUCAAGGACGGAAAGCAAUCAAGCAUUACUGAUAGGUGGAGCACGCAGGAGGAGCUGAAAUAUGCAACCUUCCUGUCUGACAACUGCAAACGCAAUUGCGAAUACUUUCACGCACGCAUAGGUAGGACCGUAUUUAACCACUUUACAAUAACGGGUUAUAGGGAGCAAAUUGGAACGCUUUCAUGCACUUCUUUCACAAAGUGCUUCGGACCGAGCCAUGAUUCAAGC